AUGGAUAUGUAUUUGACGUUUGGAUAUGAAUGUCAGCAUCAGUUCCGUCACGAACGAUGGAACUGUUCUACACCAUAUGGCUCCGGUUACUUUGGUCCAGUUCAUAAAAUCGGUUCACGAGAAGCUGCUUAUACAUAUUCGAUUCUGUCAGCCGGUGUAACGCAUGAGAUAGGACGUAGAUGUCGUCUCGGUUUGUUACAGUCGUGUGGUUGUAGUCAAGCACCACGGCCUAGUACGGUUAAUGAGAAAUGGACUUGGGGUGGUUGUGGUGAUAAUAUUGAAUAUGGCUACAGAUUUAGCCGUGACUUCAUCGAUGUUCGAGAAAAAGAAGAGGGUUUCCCUAAACGCUCCACUGAUCACGGACGUUCACUGAUGAACCGAUGGAACAACGAGUUGCUGAAACGAAAUACUCGUCCAAAAUGCAAAUGUCAUGGAGUGAGCGGUUCUUGUAACAUGAAAACAUGCUGGAUGCAGUUGCCAACUAUGCGGCAAAUGGGAGCCGUUUUACUGGGAAAAUAUCAUACUGCUAGACGAAUUCAGAUUAAUGCACGCGGUAAUAUGCAAAUUAAAAGUCAACCAGGAAAAAGAGAUCGAGAAAGAGGUGGAGGGCGGAAAAAUCGUGCUUUACAAACAGAACUUGUUUUUCUGGAUGACAGUCCUGAUUACUGUGUAGAAAACAGGGCACAAGGGACAGUGGGCACCACAGGGCGGAUAUGCAGGAAAGGUUCGCAUGGUUCCGAAAGUUGCGACUUUCUCUGUUGCGGUCGUGGUUAUAAUAGUUAUACAAAAGAAACGGAAACAAAAUGCAAAUGUAAGUUUCAGUGGUGUUGCAGAGUGGAAACAUUAUUUGUACCACAGUUAACUUUUAUGCUAUUCACUACUACGUAG